AUGACGAGUUCCAAAACAUGCAAGUCACAGGAGUUAAUGGAUCACUCUGAUGUGUUGGCUCAUCAAUUGAAGAUUUAUCUUAACAUUAUCACCACCUCUGGAGAGAUCCAAGAGGAAAUUGCCAGAGAGGCAAAGAAAGAUUUAUUUGACAAAGAUGUCCAUUCUCAAAACAAUGCAAUAAAUGAGAUUAGUGAAUUGAAGGCAGCUGCAACUACAUUUUUGACGGACAUUGUUUUUAAUGGUGCCAACCAACACACAGUAAUAAAAGCAAAGUGUCGAAGACCCUUGUAUGUUGUGCAACACAAGAUAAUACCUUCCAAUCUCGCACUUUCAAACAUGAAAGCACAAGUCAAUGGGCUGGACCAACAAAGCCUUAAAUACAAUAACACUUGCCAACAUGUCACACCGGACCAGCUUCAUUAUUUGUCCGAUCCAGCACAUCCAAGUACAACCACUCCACCACUUUUACCCAUAUCACAGAUUUGUAUUCCCUCCUGAGAUCAGGAAUGUACACAUCAUUUCGGAAACAUGACGAUGCUUGGACAUUGAGCGUUUUAAAAAACUUGCUAUAUUUUUCUUAUCCAGAGAUUUCCUAGUUAUGAAUGAAUGUUUAAUGUUGUUUUUCUUUAAUAUAGGUGUGGUGUUUAAUCCAGUUGUGGACGGAGAAAUUAAGCCCCCAUUCAGCAGAGUAACCUCAAGAAGAACUGCCGAAGAACUGGUGCAGAAAGAAGAAAAAGCUGUAUUUGACAAGGCGAUGACAGAAUUCAAAUCAUACUGGGACGGUGCUUGUUUCAAUGGUUAUGACAUUUCUACCAAGAUCACAAAGACAAAUAGUGACCAACUGCUGUUUGACGACUACAAGACUGUAAAAACCUUUCUCAAGUGCCCAAUCCGUGAUUUACACAAGUUCAGCAACCUUACCACAGGGUAUAAAUGCAUGUUUAAACAUAUCGAUCACCAUGCCAACAAAAUCAUUUUCAUGAAAUGUGAUGACCGCUCGUGCUGCAGUAUAUUCAAAUCUCUUGGCCUGAAAGAAUUUCUAGAAAUUCAAUGUGAUGCUGUUUGCACCAAAAUUAACAACUACAUGUGGUCAUGA